AUGAAACUAUACCAAAAACGUAUGUAAUCUUACAAAACAAGACAUAUUAGUACAUUAAUUAAUAACUGUAAUUAUCUAUUUAUAUAAUAUUAAGUAUUCCAAAAUAACAUAGAAAUAAAAGUAUAUAUAUAUGCACUUUUAUAAUAAAUUAUCAUACAUAUAAAUAUAUAUACAUUAUUGUACAAUGUCGUUAUACUAUUCUUCGCCCCACCCUUGUUUUUCGUAUAGCAAUGCUGCACACCUUGAUUUCGUGCAUUACGUACCUUUUCACCUUACGGAUAUGAGAUAGGUCAUAUCACAACAGGUAAGAAAAUUUCAAGUGUAUCAUUUUUCAAUAUAUAAACAUAUCAGAUAUGAAGUUUGUAUAUCUGUAUAUACGAUAUUAUCUUCGUUAAAUUAAUGAUAAGGAUUGUAUAUAUAAAUAUUUUUUUGAAGUUUGGUUUGGUAUUUCGUACUUUAUAUGUGUUUAAUAUCUUUUUUGCUUUAUUGAACCUUUAUUCUGUUAAUUAAAUAACAAGUUGAUAGAAUCACAGUUUUUUUUAUUUUAUAUAUUUCAGUUCAUAUUUUUAUUAUAAAUUAUAUGUCCAUAAACACUCUCAAUUUUUUAAAAAUCACUGUUUAAUAAUAUUUCUUACCAUAUUUAACAUAUCUCGCAAAUAUAUAUAUAUAUAUGUAUGAUUUAAUGUAUUUUAAUAUAAAAAUUAAUUUAAUGUAUCAAUUAUUAAAUAAAGUCAUUCUAUAAAUUAAUAAAAUAUAAAAUAUAAAUAUUCAAUAUUUUUAAACAUGUAUUACAUGUAUUACCUUUUUUUUAAUUAUUUAUUUAGUAAAAAUGAGCUCACAAGAUACAACUGACCAUGUGUCAGCAAUUAAUUCACCUAAUAUAUCUUCAAGAACAAAAAAUUGGGUCCAAUUUGAAGAUGAAGCACCUGCUAAAGAUAAUACUAGUAUAGAAGAAAAAGCUAAAACAAAUGCGCCAGCUGUAAUAAAACCAGAAUCAGUAACAGUAAAUGUUGAAAAAAUUGGAAAAUCUGUUGAUAAGUCAGAUAAUCAACAAACAAAAAAUCACGAAUAUAAAGGUGCUGUGAUAUCAACUGAAUCCGUCCAGAUUAAUUUAGAUAGGUCAGGUUUAAGCCGUUCUAUUACACCUGGAAGUCCAGAUCUAAAUUUACCAUCUGAAGUAAGAAUUUCUGAUCCUAAGAGUGCUUCUUUGAAGACUAUUGAUCUCCGAGAUAUAUCUAAUGGCAGAAGUACUACCAAUAAUAUUAUAAGUACACCUAUUGGAAAUAUUAGACAAGGCUUUGCUAAUGGAGAUACUAUAGUUACUCUUUUACCAGUUAAUACUAGAUGGCCGUGGGUUACUCCAGCUAAAUUUCGUCCAGAAUUAGUACCAGAAGAAUUAAUGGCUCAAGGUUUAACACUUACAGUAGAGGACUACGUACAUAUAAUGGAACUGCUUGUAAACGAUGUACGUUUUAAUAUGUACAAUGUAUGCUACAAAAGGAUUCUUGUCCUUUGGAUAUUCACUGCAUUUAUUGUAUUGCUUGGCUUAUUGUUUUCUGGAGUAACUGGUCUUACUUUAUUUGGACUUGGUGUCAUGUGGUUAGUCCUCAAUGCUGCUGCAAUAUUUUUUUGCAUGUUCAUCAAGAUAAAAUUAAAUCAUAAUCUUGAAAAAUGUAUGGGUCAAGUGAACAAGCAUUUACUUCGGCAUAAGAUAUUGCUUGGAUUAGACGAUAGGGGAAAGAUUUCAUGUCACAAAGUCAAUCUGUGCUUCAUAUACUUUGAUACAACAGACUGUAUUAAAAAGUUACAAGAAGUUAUAGAACGUGAAGAACGUGAAGGAAGAGUAAUUGGUGAAGAUGGAAAUUCUGAAAUGCGUCGAAAAAGAGAAUUGCAACAGCGAAUGGAUAUAGAUGAUAGUGAUAUUGUAAUACAAGGCAAUACAACCACCAGAAUUUCUCGUAAACAGGUAUGAAACUUUUAUUUCAGGUAAUUAUACUAUUUAAGUUACAUUUAUUUAUUUAAUUUAGUAUUUGAUCCAUAAUAUUUGA